AUGGUUCUAAUAGCGUUCGUCCGAUGGACGCCUAGUAAAUGCCGUUCGUCGUUUGGCAGUGAUGAGGCCGCUCGACCUGUCGCCUCGCGCGAGAAGCGAUAUCUGCAACCCGAGAUCAUGCAGUGUUACGGUCAUGGGCCUUGGAAGUCGCGGAAGCGCCAUGCUCCUGCUGUUAUUAACCGACCCGAGAGGUUGAAGAAGGUCAAGCAAGGCCCCAAUUCCUACAGUAUUAUACCACAGGCAGAAGAGCCGCUGCUGGACGGGGCAAAAAGUUGCUACACUUGUAUGUAUCUGGUAUUUGCAUCGAAAGUACGGCUCCAUCAUUUCAUCGUGCAGCAGGUUAGAGUCCACACUCGGUCGGUGAAUGUCCCGUCACGCUCGUGUGAUGAGUCGUAUGUAUCUCUCCAAGGCCAAACCACCUGCCUACUCCGUCUACAGUACGUAAAUUUGAAAACCUGGCGUGCUUUCAACACGUGGCAGUCGCAGCCAAGGUCAGAUCCACUAAACUCUGAACAAGCCACCAUGCGAGGCGAUAGCUCACGAUGUAUGCCAGCAUCAGCGAGGACAGAAAAGGCUCCUGUGCUCUUGCUCCAUGCCAUGCCAUGCUUCACCCACGCGCGGCGAAAUGAACGAUGCAGGGAGUCAGAAGCGACAGAAGUGCGGAAGACAUGA